ACUUGAGCAACGUAGUGGGACGACGUUUAGAAGGCAGCCAUCUUACAAUCCCUAAUCAAAGAUCUUUGGCUAGCGGGUUUCGUUGUCUGGUUUUCAGCCAGUUAAUAUCAACACACAGUCCAUCAAAUGGCUUUAAAACGAAUUAACAAGGAACUUCAGGAUCUUGGAAGGGAUCCACCUGCACAAUGCUCCGCUGGUCCUGUAGGAGAUGAUUUAUUCCACUGGCAGGCCACUAUUAUGGGACCACCUGACAGCCCCUACCAGGGAGGAGUAUUUUUCUUAACAAUUCACUUCCCAACAGACUAUCCAUUCAAACCCCCUAAGGUUGCUUUCACGACCAGAAUCUAUCACCCUAAUAUUAACAGUAAUGGAAGUAUUUGUUUGGAUAUACUGAGAUCGCAAUGGUCUCCAGCACUCACUAUUUCAAAGGUGUUACUGUCAAUAUGCUCUCUGCUGUGCGAUCCGAAUCCAGAUGACCCUCUGGUGCCAGAGAUAGCAAGGAUAUACAAAACUGACAGGGAGAAGUACAACGAAUUGGCACGCGAAUGGACGCGCAAGUAUGCCAUGUGAUGCGCCAAUCUCCGUUGACCUCAACAUCCAAACGCCACCUCUAUCAGCAAGCAACCCCAGCCUAAUGCCACUUACCGAUCAGCACCGAUUCAAUCUAGCUACGGCUUGUCCGAUCUUAAAGUUACGCCGCGACUCAGGCCCGUAGAACACUCAGGCCAGCCGUGAUCAAUCUGAUGUUCCCUCCGCCCUGGGUAGCCUGCGAAUUUUAAGACGACGCCACGAUGGCAAUUGAGGCAAUUUCAAAGGUGGUCACACAACAAUAUAUAUAUAUGAAUCAAGAAAAAAAACAUGUCCGCUUUGAUUUUCAUAAAUAAAAUGAAAUUAAAAUAUAGGAGAGUGAAAGUAGGAUUUGUAUUUGAACUUAAUAGUUUAAUUUCUAAUGAUUGUGCUUAUAAUAAUGUAAUAUUGUAUACCUACUUUCUCAGUAAAAAAAACAAGGAAAAGAAAUGGAACCUCGAACUGACAACACACCGAUUGUUAGUUUUAAACGUAACCGAGCGAGUUUUGCCCGUCCCAUAUGUGGGUCCGAUGCGGUCACUUUUUUUGUAAGACUGGGCUCUAUAUAAAUACUACUGAAACUAUACCUAUACAUUUUGUUUUGAUUAUUAAACAAUGACAAACAAGCAAACAGAAAGAAUCACCUUAUACUACUGCUACUACUAUUAGUACUACCGCUAUUACUACUAUUAUACUAUUACUAUUGUUACUAUUUGCCCGACAAAUUCUACGAGUAACUCAAAAUUAGCCGUCUGUGACUUGAUUCGUCGUCGGUGUGGAGUUAUUUAAAUUUAUCAUUUGAAUGUCUUAAUGGUUGCACGGCAAAUACAGGACUAUGGACACUUGCGGAGAUGGCAGUAUAACGAUUGUAGCGUGCGUAAGGGAACGAGGGGACAGUAGUACUACUUUAAAAUUAAAAUAAUUCGAACUGAACGCUCUCGUACGUGUACUCGAAAGCGUCUCUACCAUCUAAGUAUGCUAUGUAAUUUAUAAUAUCUCUCAUGCCGCCGGGACGCCACUUUGUGACGUCUACUUCGAAAUUCUCUUGAUAUUUCUGUCUUCGUGGUCCAACGUCAUAUUCGAUUAUGAAUGAAUACACUAAUGAUCUCGUGACGUCAGUAGAUCACGUCCACUGUUAUUAAUCAUUAUCGUGUUGUUUGUUGACAAACGACCGACGAUUUCUUCGUUGACCAUGUGAAAUAUUGUCUUGAGAAUUUUGAAAUUUGCUGAGUCUGUAUGUUAUAGCGUAGAGAAACGCGGUUUACGCGGCGCAGAGUGGACGGCAAUAUUUGGAACGAGGCGUGCGUCGCCACGCCACGUUUAGGCGAAAUGUAAGAGCAUGCGAAGGGAAUAAAAAAAAAUGAUAACGAUGAUCCAGAACAAGUUUAAACGAAGGGAAGGGAAGAGAUGGAAAAAAACGUGAAACUUAAAAGAAAAGUAAAAUUAUUACCUUCUUUGCGACGAUACCUCGAUGUACUACCAAUGUUAUUUGCGGCGUGCCUUUGCGAGUCAACAAUUUGCCGGUCCUCCAUUUUUAACGUUCACAUUAUUCACGUUCCUUUUACUAUUCUCUUCUUCUGGCUUAUCCGAAACUUCUCUCAUCUCUUGUAGGCGGAUCCUCCAGUUUUACUUUUCCUGCCCCUUUGUCUCUUCCUACUCGCUCCUUUCCCUCCUUUUCUUUUUUUAUUGUUUAGUUUUUUUUUUUGGUCUUGAAAAGUACCCCUUUCAUCCACAAUAUAACGAAGUAUUUAUGGUAUGUAAACGUCGCAGGUUUUCCGCAACAGGCAACAAGACACGAAGAUUAAAAUAGGAAUUAUAAUUUUAAUUAUUGUCAAAUAUUCUCAACAUUGUAUUUUACAAUAUAUUGUGGUUGUAAAGGA